ACUGUUUAUGACUUCGUACGAAAACAUUUGGAACUAAAGAUAGCAGCUAAGAUGAGACUUAAAUUGUUCUUUAUUCUGUUGUUGAUUAUUCUAGCAAUGGUUUUAUUAAUGACGAAAGUCAGUGCCAAACGAUGGGCUGAUGGAGUAGAUGGAGUGUGUGCCUAAUCACUUUUUAUAGUGUUAAAUUAUACCAAUAAAGAUGAUGUAGCAAGCUUAGCGAUAGUUGAAUUAAACAAGUAAAUUCAUUAUUUUUGAGAUACCAGCUGAUCUCAAAGCGUAGAGCUCUGAGAUACACUACUCACAAUGCAGGCAGCCGAAACUGAGGUUUGCACAUACCUAUCUAUCAAAUCCCAAGCGUACCAAGAGUUAUAUUGAUGAGGUAUACCGACUUUUAGAGGAAAAGCCAGGGGUUGAAGAAAUAUUAAUCAUGAAUCGUUCCGGUGUGCCGAUCAAAACGUCAAUGGAACGCCAAGAUGCACUUCAAAAUGCCUGUCUUUAUGAGAAUUUGCGUGAAAAGUGUCAGGCAUUUCUAUCAAAAAUGGAGCCACCACAGCUCCUGACCAUGUUGCGAGUCCGUACCAGAUUCCACGAGGUCCUGCUAACACCUGAUGGCAAGAUAACCGUUUUGGUAGUGCAAAAUCCAAAGGAUACACAUCUUAAGCCCAAGCGUACCAAGAGUUAUAUUGAUGAGGUAUACCGACUUUUAGAGGAAAAGCCAGGGGUUGAAGAAAUAUUAAUCAUGAAUCGUUCCGGUGUGCCGAUCAAAACGUCAAUGGAACGCCAAGACGCACUUCAACAUGCAUGUCUUUAUGAGAAUUUGCGGGAAAAGUGUCAGGCAUUUCUAUCAAAAAUGGAGCCACCACAGCUCCUGACCAUGUUGCGAGUCCGUACCAGAUUCCACGAGGUCCUGCUAACACCUGAUGGCAAGAUAACCGUUUUGGUAGUGCAAAAUCCAAAGGAUACACAUCUUAAGGUAGAGGAUCUAAAUCGUCAUUCCUCCAAUUUUUAAAUAAUUGCUCCUACAUAUAUCUACGUUGUUAGUCAUCCAACUUCUUACACGUAAAACAUUCUCACUUUGUACACAGCCCAAACACAACAAACUGUUCAUUUAUGUGACUACCUGAAUAUAAAUUCAAUCAAAUAAGUAAUAAAUAGUCCUCAGAGCUUCAGCUUAAAAACAAAAUUUAUUCCAAAAACAGAUGACAUUUUCUGACCAACAGAAAGUAAAUAUAUUCUUGUACUCGUAUUUAUAAAACACAUUUCAUUUUCAUACUCUUCAGUAUGUA